AUGCCUGAAGUGAUAAGAGAGAAAGUGGACGAAUUAAUCAAUUGUGAAGAUCUAGCAAUGAACUUUCUAGUUGCUCACAUAACACGCCAACCGCCGAUAAAAACUACGAGCAAAUGGACGUUACGCUGUCCGGCUUGUAAAACGAGUCUUUAUCAUCGCAGUGAGCAUUACCAGCAGAGGCACGAAUGCAUUCGAUUUUUUUCGGAGGUUUACGGAUACAAUCCUCUCCUUUUCACGCAGCUUCGAGCGGAUUCAGUGCUUUUCAAAACACGUCUUCCUGCGAACCACCAAAAAUGUUUCAAAUACGUUUAG